AUUACGUUUUGAUGCUACACGUCGUACUAAACUAUCUGCGGAAUGUAGUGAAUAUUUUCCUCUAACAAUGUUAAAAAAAAUGUUAUUCAUAGUUAGUGAAAAUUAACGACAAAGUGAGAAAACAAAUCUUGUGAAUGUAAAAUUGACAAAACGAGAUUAGGAAGAUUUAUUUUUAACAUAUGCUUUUUUGACAAUGUUUGUAUAUAGUAGAAAGCAAAAAUGAUUAUACUUUUAAGUUAAUAAAGCAUAUAUAGAAUAAUUUCAAUUGAUUAAGAAAGGAAAAAAGUUAAUAUUUUAAGUAUAGAAAAUUUUUGAUAAAAAUCAUAGAAGAAUAAACUGGAUGCGGCAAAGGUAAAACAAUUUAUGACGUUUCGCCCAAAGGACGCUCCGGCAAACAAUUGCGGUUCAAACAUAACCUAAAAAGUAUAAAGGAAAAUUGUGUGGUGUGCAGUUAAAUCACGGAGGAUAUAAAGAUUUUAUUAGUUUUAAAAUAUUAAAAAGUGAAAAAUGGUUCCUCUAGGUCCUACACCUGGACAUCAAACGUCUAUUAAUAAUUCAUCUAGUGCACCAAGCAGUGGAACCAAAGGCAGUUCUGCAGUUAAACCAAAUUAUACAUUGAAAUACACAAUGACUGGUCAUAUGAAGGCCGUAUCUUCCGUUAAAUUUAGUCCGAAUGGUGAAUGGUUAGCAAGUUCGUCGGCAGAUAAACUAAUCAAAAUUUGGGGUUCUUAUGAUGGUAAAUUCGAGAAAACUAUAUCGGGUCAUAAACUUGGAAUUUCCGAUGUUGCCUGGUCGAGCGAUAGUAGACUUUUAGUAUCUGCAUCAGAUGAUAAAACAUUGAGAAUAUGGGAACUGAGUUCCGGAAAAUGCCUAAAGACAUUAAAAGGACACACAAAUUAUGUUUUUUGUUGUAAUUUCAAUCCACAAUCAAAUUUAAUUGUUUCCGGUUCGUUUGAUGAAAGCGUUAGAAUAUGGGAUGUAAGAACUGGAAAAUGUUUAAAAACCCUACCAGCACAUUCAGAUCCUGUAAGUGCUGUACAUUUUAAUAGAGACGGUUCUCUUAUUGUAUCAAGUAGUUACGAUGGUUUAUGUCGAAUAUGGGACACAGCCUCAGGGCAAUGUUUAAAAACAUUAAUAGAUGAUGAUAAUCCUCCAGUAUCAUUUGUCAAAUUUUCACCUAAUGGAAAAUAUAUCCUAGCAGCGACUCUAGACAAUACCUUAAAAUUAUGGGAUUACAGCAAGGGAAAAUGUCUAAAAACCUAUACCGGUCAUCGUAAUGAAAAAUAUUGCAUAUUUGCUAAUUUUUCCGUCACUGGUGGAAAGUGGAUUGUUUCCGGUUCCGAGGAUAAUAUGGUAUAUAUUUGGAAUCUUCAAACAAAAGAAAUUGUUCAAAAAUUACAAGGACAUACAGAUGUCGUUCUUUGCACAACGUGCCAUCCAACAGAUAAUAUUAUUGCAUCAGCGGCUUUAGAAAAUGACAAAACAAUAAAAUUAUGGAAAAGUGACACAUAGACUAAAAUUAACGUAUCAAUAUUAUAUGAUCUGUACAAAUUCUCCUUUCACCUCAAAAAGAGAUAACUAUUAUUAUAAAUCGUAAUUAUUAAAAUGUAAAUCAGUGAUAAUAUUAUUUUCAUAAAUAAAAAAAAGAAAAACAGUUGUUAAAUCAUGCUGAUUAGAAAUGGAGAAUAUUAAAAUUUAAAUAUUGAUGUGAAAUUUUAAAAGAAUAAUUUUUAUCUCAACUUGUUAGACUUAUUAGUAUCUUCAAUGUUGAAAAAAAAAUUUC